GACGCUCCAGGAAGUAAUCAACAUGUCGUUUUAGCCUAGUCCUGCUCAAACCGGCUUCUCAAGGAUCUGUUUUUGUCUAAAUAACUUAACAUCAAAGCAGAACCUCAAAAAUGGUCCCAGAGCUGUCCAACUCUUCUGUGUGUAUGAAGGACCCUCAGCGGGUUCAACAGAUCAUGCAGUCCAUCCGAAAGGCUGGCUCCAACACCCUGCAGGUGAUUUCAGACUUUGACAUGACUUUAACAAGAUUUUCUCACAAUGGAAAACGCUGCCCAACCUGCCACAAUAUUCUGGACAACAGCAAAGCCAUCUCCACUGAAUGUAGAGAAAAGCUCGAUACUCUUCUGAAGACAUAUUAUCCUAUAGAGAUCGACACAUCACUGUCAGUGGAGGAGAAGCUGCCGUUAAUGGUGGAGUGGUGGACCAAAGCUCACGAUCUCUUAGUUGAACAGAGAAUCAGGAAAGACCAGCUGGCUGAGGCGGUGCGUGAGUCUGACGCCAUGCUGAGGGAGGGCUACCCGCUCUUCUUUGACCACCUACAUGAGCACAGCAUCCCUUUGCUCAUCUUCUCUGCCGGAAUCGGAGACAUCCUGGAAGAGGUGAUCCGACAAGCUGGUGUCUUCCACUCCAACGUCAACGUCUUCUCCAACUACAUGGACUUUGACGAGUCUGGGGUGUUGAGGGCCUUUAAAGGCGAGCUGAUUCACAUCUACAAUAAAAGGGAAGGUGCGCUGCUCAACACGGGCCACUUCCAGGAGCUCCGGACUCGGCCCAAUGUCCUGCUGCUAGGGGACUCUCUAGGGGAUCUGAACAUGGCUGACGGAGUUCAGGACAUGGAGAAUAUCCUAAAGAUUGGGUUCCUUAAUGACAAGGUGGAGGAACGGAAACAAGCCUACCUGGACUCGUAUGACAUUGUGUUGAUAAAAGAUGAAACCUUGGAAGUUCCUAAUGCCAUCGUCCUCUACCUCACUGGAAACAAGUGAACUGUUAGUUGUCCCGCGUGCGCCAGCGUCUCUGGGACCAUCCGAGCACUUAGGGAGGGAGCAGCCAACGUUUUUAUCAUCCUAAAACUCACACUUACCUGAACGGGUCUGUGGUGAUCCCAGGUUGUCCCGACCAGCUGCUGUGCUUUAGGACCAGGAUGUUGGUGCAGCCAAAUAUCCUCUAUCAUGGUUUAUACGUUUUUUAAAUCACUGUUUGCUUCUGCCACACUUUUCUGCACCGAUUUGGUAUCAAGUUUAAGGGAUCUAAGGCAUUUGUUCAUUUUCUGACCCGCUUGCUGCUGUUAUUCAUCCACCGUCACAAAUAUUUACCUUCUACAAACCAGGUUCUCCCUGUUUGUUAGUUUUUUAAAUCUGUUUAAUAAACUCUGUGCAAUAAA